AUGUCAGCGACGCAACCCCCGCAUAUCGUCCUGCUGGUGAGCCCCGGGGCAGGGGCCGGGCACCUCCGCCCGGUGGCCGAGCUUGCUAGGCGCCUCGCCGCGGACCACGGUUUCACUGCCACGAUCGUCACCUACACCAACCACUCCUCGCCGACCCAGUACUCCUCCGUCCUGUCCUCCCUCCCGCCGUCCAUCACCACCACCGCGCUACCCGAAGUGCCCACCGACGACCUUCCGAACCACGCGCGUAUCGAGACCCGCCUCAUCACCGUCGUCCGUCGCACCUUGCCUCACCUCCGCGAGCUACUGCGCUCCCUCAGCGACGCCCCCGCUGGCGUGGCGGCCUUCUUGGCGGACGUGUUCUGCCCGUCGGCCCUCCAGGUCGCCGCGGAGCUCGGCAUCCCCCGCUACGUCGUCUUCACCUCCAACCUCAUGGCGCUCGCGUCAUUUCUCUACCUCCCGGAGCAAGACAGGACCACCACCUGCGAGUACCGGGACCUCCCGGAGCCCGUCCUCCUCCCGGGGUGCGUGCCGCUGCGCGGCGCCGAUCUCAUCGAGCCCAUCCAAGACCGCGGCAACCCUGCAUACCCGCUCAUGGUGGAUCUUGGGCGCCAAUACCUCCUCGCCGAUGGCUUCAUCGUCAACACGUUCGACGGCAUGGAGCACGAGGCCAUUAGCGCGUUCCGGGAGCUAUCCGACAACGGCGUCUACCCUCCGGUUUACCCAGUGGGUCCCAUUACCCGGCAGUGCUCCGAGGAGGAUGCCCAGCACGGCUGCUUACGCUGGCUGGACGGCCAUACAGCCGGCUCUGUAUUGUACGUGUGCUUCGGCAGCGGCGGGGCGCUGUCCGUGGAGCAAACCUCGGAGCUGGCAGCCGGGCUGGAGGCCAGCGGGCAAAGGUUCCUGUGGGUAGUGUGUUUCCCCAGCGACAAGGACUGCAGCGCGGGCUAUCUCGACUCGCCUGCCGACAACCACGGCGAUGACCCCCUGAGCUACCUGCCGGAAGGAUUCGUGGAGAUGACGAGCGGCAGGGGGAUCGCCGUGCCGCUGUGGGCGCCGCAGGUGGAGAUCCUGAACCACCCCGCCGUGGGAGGGUUCCUGUCGCACUGCGGGUGGAACUCCACGCUCGAGAGCGCGGCGGCCGGCGUGCCGAUGGCGGCGUGGCCGCUGUUCGCGGAGCAGAGGAUGAACGCUGUGAUGCUGGAAGAGAGGGCCGGGAUGGCGCUGCGGCCGAAGGCAAGGGAGGGCGACGGCGUGGUUCCACAGGAGGAGGUGGCGGCGGCCGUGAAGGAGCUGAUGACAGGGGAGAAGGGAGAGACGGCAAGGUUGAAGGCGAGAGAGAUGCGGGACGCCGUGGCCGUGGCGUUGGGGCCGGAUGGGCCAGCUCGCAGGGCGCUGGAGGCGGUGGCCAGCAAGUGGAAGAGCACAGAUGGCACGGGCGAAUGAACUGAGCAAGUAUGAGUGCGUGUCAAGAGUGACAAGAAUUCGUGGCAAAUCUGGCUCGUCCGAGGUUUGUGCUGCCGCACAACCUGCCGGUCUCCUAAAAGUAUCAUGUGUCAGAGAAAUAA